GUGAUAUCUAUUCUGAUAUAGCGUGUUUCAUUUCAAUCUUAUGCGGCAUACACUGUGAUUCUUGCUAUCUUUCUGCUUUUCUUCUGUCACCAUUUGGCUGUGGAGACUGGAGAUGCAUUACUUCUUGCAUUUUCAAUUACCCUAACUCGUCUGAUUCUUCACCAAAAAAAAAAAAAAAAGGAUUCAAAACCAAACUCACUACCAGCACCUAGGUGGCUUGUUCCUGGCACCCCGGUUGCACACGAGGUCGUGGAUGAACCCUCGAGCCACCACAGAUCUGGCUCUGCCCUGGGGGUCAAGCGGGCUCUGUUCCAGCUACUUGGACCUUGCAGUAAGUUGGCGGAGAGGUCUCUCCUCCCAUUGACCUUGUCUGCGAUAACAUUGGGUCACUAGGGUGCUUGAGCCGCAGACUAGGUAGCCGGAUAGGUAUGAACUCUGCUGCGGGAUCUUCCAUGAACAAGCUUGGGAGGCAAGGAGGAAGUAAGCAGCAAAUGGAAAUGGCUCCUACAAAACAUGAUCAGGUCAAUGCUGAAGCUGGACAUGAGUAUGAAGUUUUUUUGAGCUUCAGGGGACCGGACACUCGCUUAGAAUUCACUGACAACCUAUACCAUCGCCUGAAAGAUGCAGGUGUCCAAACCUUCAGGGACGAUGAAGAGCUCCGAGUUGGAGAAAAGAUCGGACCUGAGCUCAUGAGGGCAAUCAAGCAGUCAAAAAUCUCCAUACCCAUCUUCUCAAAGGGCUACGCUUCGAGUAAGUGGUGUCUCCUGGAGGUGGCGGAGAUGGUGAAGCUCAAGGAUGAGACGAAGCACAUGAUCAUGCCCAUUUUCUUAGACGUCACGCCGGAUGAAGUUAAGUACCAGACAGGGAGUUAUGCUGAAGCCUUUACCCAGCACGGGGAAAACUACGACUUCGAGACUGUUCAGGAGUGGAGAAAUGCUCUCCAAGAGGUUGUGAAACUGAAAGGGUUGGAACUCAAGAAAGAGGCAAACGGGAAACAUGGAGAGUUCAUCAAAAAGGUGCUUGCAAUGGUUCUUAACUGUCUGAAGAAAGCUUAUCUAAAUGUCAAUGAUCUCUUAGUUGGAAUCGAUGAUCAUGUCGAAGCUGUCAAGAAAUUGCUGGAGCUUGGAAAGGAAGGUGUUCAAAUUGUUGGAAUAUGGGGCAUGGGAGGAAUUGGGAAAACGACUCUUGCAAAAGUUGUCUACAACCAACUGUUGAAGAAAUUUGAAUCCUCUGGCUUCCUCAAUGACAUUAGAGAAACAUCCUCACAACACAAGGGUCUUCCGUACUUGCAAAGCAAGCUACUUUCUGACAUCUUAAACCGUGAGCGUGAAGACUUUGCAAAUACGAAUGAAGGAACCCAGGAGCUCAAGAACAGGCUCCGUGACAGGAAAGCAAUCAUUCUUUUGGAUGAUGUUGAUCAAGUUGAUCAACUCAAGGCUCUAGCUGGGGAUCUUGCUUGGUUUAGUCCAGAAAGCAGGAUUAUAGUUACAACCAGAGAAAAGACAGUUCUAGAUCAAUUUCGAAUAAAGAAUAUCUAUGAACUCACACUACUGAGUGCAGAGCAAGCUUUUGAACUCUUCUGCAGGCAUGCAUUUAUAAAAGGCUCGCCGACACCUGACUUUAUUGACUUGUCCUGGGAUAUCGUGAGGACUACUGGAAGGCUCCCUCUGGCUCUUGAGGUAAUAGGUUCUUCUUUAUCUACAAGCAGCGGGCGCAAGGACUUAUGGCAAGGUACACUGAAGAAGUUGGAGAAGAAACCCCCUAAGGAGGUCCAAGAUACAUUGAGGAUAAGUUAUAAUGGACUGGAUCAUGAGGAGCGGGAGAUAUUUCUCGAUAUCGCAUGUUUCUUCAUCGGAAUAGAUGCUAGAAUUGCAAAACCCAUGUGGGAUGAUUGUGAGUUUUUCCCAGGAGUUGGAAUCGAGAUCCUUCUUUUGAAGUCACUAAUCAAAAUCAAAAAGGACCAUAGGCUAUGGAUGCAUGACCAACUUAGAGACCUUGGCAGGGUAAUUGUGGAAGAGGAAAACUAUAAAGAGUCGCGGUUACGGAGUAGACUGUGGCACAGCAAAGUGGUGAUGCAUGUAUUAGAGAGGCAGCCUGAGGAGGGGAUGACAAAUGUUGAAGCUAUCAGUUUAGAAGGAUAUCAGUUCCGCUCGGAAGAUCUCUGCUUUAAGGAUGAUCAGUUUAGGAAUCUACCGAACUUGAGGAUCCUUCUGUUAGAUAAAGCUAGUCUCAGUGGAAAUUUUGAGCGUAUUAUCCCAAACCUGCGGUGGCUGAGUUGGCACCUCUGCAACUUCAAUGCUAUGCUGCCGACCAAUCUAAAUCUGAAGAACCUAGUUGUCCUUGAUCUGUCGAGGAGCAUGGUCAGUGAGGAUUGGGCUGGCUGGAGCUUGAUGAAGGUAGCCGCGAAGCUAAAAGUUCUUGAUCUUACAGAGUGCAGGCAUCUAACAAAAACACCCAGUUUCUCAGCAUUUUCUGCUUUAGAGAAACUCAUUCUUCGAUCUUGUCGCAACUUGGUCUCUGUUGAUCCAUCAAUAGAGCAACUUAGUGCUCUGGUCUCCUUAGACAUAAGGGACUGCACGAAACUCGAAUAUUUGCCUCGGCUGGGUUCUAUGGAUGCGCUGACUGAGCUUCUGGUUGAUUAUGAAGUUUUUUUGAGCUUUGGGGGAUUAGAUGAUAGCGAAGGAUUCACUGACCAGCUGUACCAUCACCUGAAAGAUGUAGGAGUACACACUGUGAGGGACAAUGGAAAGCUCCGUGUAGCAGAAGAGAUUGGGCCUGAGCUCAUGAUGGCAAUCAAGCAGUCAAAGAUCUAUAUACCCAUCUUAUCAAAGGGCUAUGCUUUGAGUACCUGGUGUUUGACGGAGGUGGCGGAGAUGAUGAAGCUCGAGGAGGAAACGAAGCAUAGGAUCAUGCCCAUUUUCUUAGACGUUACGCCAAAUGAGGUUCAGCACCAGACUGGGAGUUAUGCUGAAGCCUUUGCCCAGCAUGAGGGAAACUACGACUCUGAGACAGUGCAGGAGUGGAGGGAUGCUCUUCAAAAGGUUGUGAAACUGGGAGGGCUGGAAUUCAAAAAGGAGGCAAACGGGAAACAUGAAGAGUUCAUUAAAAAGGUGCUUGCAAGGGUUGUUAUGGCUUAUCUAGAAGUCAAUGAUAUGGUGGUUGGAAUCAUUGAUCAUUUCAAAGUUGUCAAGACAUUGCUGGAGCUUGGAAAGGAAGGUGUUCAAAUUGUUGGAAUAUGGGGCAUGGGUGGAAUUGGGAAAACGACUCUUGCAAAAGUUGUCUACAGCCAACUGUUGGGGAAAUUUGAAUCCUCUUGCUUCCUCAAUAACAUUAGAGGCACAUCCUCACAGCCCAAGGGUCUUGAGUACUUGCAAAGCAAGCUACUCUCCGACAUCUUAAAUUGUGAGCGUGAAGACUUUGCAAAUACGAAUGAAGGAAUCCAGCAGCUCAAGAACAGGCUCCGUGACAAGAAAGCAAUCAUUCUUUUGGAUGAUGUUGAUCAAGUUGAUCAACUCAAGGCUCUAGCUGGGGAUCUUGCUUGGUUUAGUCCAGAAAGCAGGAUUAUUGUUACAACCAGAGAUAGGGCAGUGCUAAAUCUAUUUCGAAUAAAUAAUACAUAUGAACUCACACUACUGAGUGAAUAUCAAGCUUUCGAACUCUUCUGCGAGCAUGCAUUUAAAGAGGUCCCACCGACGCCUGAUUUUGCUGACUUGUCUUGGGAUAUUGUGAGGGCAAUUGGAAGGCUACCUCUGGCUCUUAAGGUAACAGGUUCUUUUUUAUCUACAAGCACUGGGCGCAAGGAGAUAUGGCAAGAUACACUGAAGCAGUUGAAGAUGGAACCCCAUAGGAAGGUCCAAGAGAGGUUGGCGAUAAUUUAUAAUGUUUUGGAUCGUGAGCAGCAGGAGAUAUUUCUCGAUAUCGCAUGUUUCUUCAUCGGAAAAGAUGCUAGAAUAGCAAAAUCCAUGUGGGAUGAUUGUGAUUUUUUCCCAGAAAUUGCAAUCGAGAUCCUUCUCUCGAAGUCACUAAUCAAAAUCACAGAUGACAGUAGGCUAUGGAUGCACGACCAACUCAGAGACCUUGGCAGGUUAAUCGUGGAAAAGGAAAACUAUAAAGAGCCGCGGUUACGGAGUAGACUGUGGCAAGGUGAAGUGGCGAUGCGUGUAUUAGAGAGGCAGCCUGAGGAGGGGAGGACAACAGUUGAAGCCAUCAGUCUAGAAGGAUAUCAGUUCCGCUCAGAAGAUCUCUGCUUUAAGGAUGAUCAGUUUAAGAAUCUACCGAACUUGAGGAUCCUUCUGUUAGAUAAAGCUAGUCUCAGUGGAAAUUUUGAGGGCAUUCUCCCGAACCUGCGGUGGCUGAGUUGGCACUUCUGCAACUUCAGUCCUACGCUACCGACCAAUCUAAAUCUGAAGAACCUAGUUGUCCUCGAUCUAUCGAAGAGCAUGGUCAGUGAGGAUUGGGCUGGCUGGAGCUUGAUGAAGGUAGCUGCGAAGCUAAAAGUUCUUGAUCUUACAGAAUGCGGGCAUCUAACAAGAACACCCGGUUUCUCAGCAUUUCCAGCUUUAGAGAGACUGAUUCUUCGAUCUUGUUGCAACUUGGUCUCCGUUGAUCCAUCGAUAGAGCAACUUAGCGCUCUACUCUCCUUAGACAUAAGGGACUGCACGAAACUCGAAUAUUUGCCUCAGUUGGGUUCAAUGGACGCACUGACCGAACUUCUGGUUGAUGGAACCUCUAUACAGGAAUUACCUGUACUGAGAGGUACAGACAAGCUCGGGAAUCUGGAGGCCCUCGGCUCCAACUGACUGCGGAUUGCUUGCUCACUGUUAGGAUACGAACUUCUGCUACUAUCACCAUAAUUCGCUCCAUCCUUCUUAUCACAAUUCGUCCGCAUCAAGCCUAUAGUCGAAGCAAACCUGGACUCAUCCAGACAGAUCCUAUACAGCCCCGACUUCCCCUUGGCUAGAGACCCAUAGAACAGUCAGGUUGUAACGUCCCAAAAUUUUCACGUGCUUAUUCACAUGUGCUUUCCCAUUUUUCCAAUCUUCACUGCAUUUGUUUACUGAAUGAUCAUUAUAAUUUUUAUUUGAUUAUUUAAUUAUAAAGAUAAUCUUCCUGAGGCUUACCUACAUAAUUCUGAUGUGCGUCUCUCUUCCACGUGGGCCACUAAUUUUCCUUGA